CCUGGAAUGGGUGGGGCAGACGUGAGCAACUACCACUGUCUGUCAGGACUGUAGCCUAAUUGUAUUCUGUUGUAUAGUUUACGUGUCGCAAUGGCUGCAUCAGAUUGGAAAAAGAAAUGCAAAGUGGAAUGGAGCCUGGGAGAUGAUAUUCCGAUGCCUGACACCGUCGACUGGAAAACGAUCUACGAGAAGAAACCGUUUGGUCGGAACUUGCUGAAGAAUCCUGCUCCGUUCGGUCUGACUCACUGUGCCCCGCCUCCUGAGCAUGAGCUGGCCGGAAUGCCUGGAGCGGAGCCGCCUCGCUUCGAACCAGAGGGUGACUUCACCAGCUGGAAGAUCAGAAGAGAGGUCCUCCCGUAUGACACUAGUGGGAUCCCUCCUGGUGCCGUUAUCUGUCAUAUGCCUCAGUUCAGCUGGUUCUUCCUGGAGCAGAAGGUCGAUCUGAAAGGCGAGGGGUUCUGGGAGGAGCUGUUGGAUAAUUUCCAGCCUGAUAUCUCUGUCCAGGACUGGUAUGAGGAGAGCCAGUUACACCAGUUCAUCUAUCAGCUGCAUGUGAGGCUGCUGGGAGCCAAUGGGGAGACUGUGAUUCAGGAGCACACUUUCAGCCCAGAAGAGGACACCAGCAACUUCUCACACACGUGGAAAGAGGUGUCCCAUGUGUUCUCCAACUAUGGUCCUGGGGUACGGCACGUUCACUUUGAGCACAAGCUGAAGAACAUGUCCAUGAUUGAUUUCCAUGCCACACGAGUUACAGACAGCGCAGUCAUGGUCAGGGCCACCAGGUCCACUCCACACUAAACACAAUGGAGACUGCUGGCAUACAGGUCUUCACCAAAGAAAACAUACCCUGUAAAAUUAUACCUGUUUCUAUCAGGUCUUUGGUUCAUGUAUGAGAUUAUUGAUUGAACUAUAUUUUAAAAACUUAAGUAAAAGAGCAGAAUGACUGU